CAUUUAAUUCGUUACCAAAGUAACGUCUUUAUCGUUUUAAAGUAUUUUAAAGAUUCAGGAAAAUGAGUACCGUGACCACCACCAUCAAGACAGAGCACUGCUCUUUCACAGACUACAGAGUCUACCCAGGCAGAGGCCAAAAGUUUGUAGCCCGCGAUGGCAAGGUUUACUUUUUCAUCAACUCAAAGUCUGCUUCUCUUCAUAAGCAAAAGAUCAAGCCCGCCAAAGUCAAGUGGAGUUUGGGCUGGAGAAAGGCCAACAAGAAAUUCCAGACUGAGCUUUCCAACAGAAAGAGGUCCAAGAAGAGCGCCAAGUUCCAAAAGGCCAUUGUUGGACUCAGUCUUGAUGAGCUCAAGACUAAAAAGGCACAGGCCACCAAGGUUGAUCCUAAAUUGGGCGCAAGACAGUCACUCUUGCUCGAGGCAAAGGAAAAGGCCAAGAAAUCCAAGCUUCAUGGAGACAAGGCAAAGGGCCAAGCUAUCGCCGGUAAGGGACCUGGCUUCCAAAAGAAGUUGAAUAAGGCUUCCCAUUAGUAACUAGUUUACUUUUU